UCCCUGGAAGCAGUGUUGCUUUCUGAGUGAUCAGGCAUGCUCAGAACCCCUCAGGACUCAAGCUGAACUUGAAGCAGAAAGACUUGGAAAUCUUGGAGAGUGAAUCAUGGAGUACAAGACCAAGGGAAAAGAAGAACAGCAACACAGCAUGAGUUUACUACACAAAAUCAAGAGCAUGAGAGAACAGGCAGAAAUGGUUGAUGUGGUGCUCAUAGCUGAAGCGGAGGAGUUUCCUUGCCAUAGGCUGGUCCUGGCCGCGUUCAGUCCUUAUUUCAAAGCCAUGUUCACCUGCGGGCUACUCGAGUGCACGCAGAGGGAAGUGGUCCUCCACGACAUCACGGCAGAAAGUGUGUCGGUGAUCCUGGACUACAUGUACAGUGCGGCCCUGGAGAUAAACAACGCCAACGUGCAGACGGUGGCCAUGGCUGCCUACUUCAUGCAGAUGGAGGACGUCUUCACUGUGUGUCAAAAAUACAUGAUGGACCACAUGGACGCCUCCAACUGUGUAGGCAUCUAUUACUUUGCAAGGCAGAUCGGAGCUGAAGACUUAUCUGAUCGCUCCAAGAAGUACCUGUACCAGCACUUCGCCGAGGUGAGCUUGCACGAGGAGAUCCUAGACGUCGAGGUGCACCAGUUUCUGACGCUCAUCCAAUCGGACGAUCUUAACAUCUCCAGGGAGGAGAGCAUUCUGGACUUGGUCCUCAGGUGGGUGAAUCACAGCCGGGACCUGCGCACGCAGCACCUUGUGGAGCUCUUGAAGCGAGUCAGGCUGGAGCUUGUGAGUCCUUCCUUUUUGAGACAGGCCCUGAGGAGGAACACGAUGCUUCUGUGUGAUGCCGACUGUGUCGACAUCAUCCAGAAUGCGUUCAAAGCCAUCAAGGCACCCCAGCAGCCCUCGCUAAACCUCCGCUACGGCAUGGAGACCACCAGCCUCCUGCUCUGUGUGGGCAACAAUUCCUCGGGCAUCAGAUCAAGACACAGGAGCUACGGCGACGCCAGCUUUUGUUACGAUCCGGUGUCUCGGAAGACCUACUUCAUCUCAUCUCCCAAGUAUGGCGAGGGUUUAGGAACUGUGUGUGCUGGUGUUGUCAUGGAAAAUAACACCAUCGUUGUGGCGGGAGAAGCAAGUGCCUCCAAACUUUCUAGACAAAAGGACAAGAAUAUUGAAAUCUAUAGGUAUCAUGACAGAGGGAACCAAUUUUGGGAAAGGCUGUGCACAGCGGAGUUUCGGGAGCUCUACGCCCUGGGCACUGUGGGUAAUGACCUCUAUGUCAUAGGAGGGCAGAUGAAGAUUAAAAACCAGUACCUGAUCACCAACUGCGUGGAUAAGUACUCCGUGGAAGGGGACACGUGGAAGAGGGUGGCUCCCCUGCCGCUGCAGCUGGCAUGCCACGCCACGGUGGCCGUGAAGAACAAGCUGUACGUGCUUGGAGGCUGGACUCCUCAGAUGGAUCUUCCUGAUGAGGAACCCGAUCGAUUAAGCAACAAGCUGCUGCAGUACGACCCCAGCCAAGAUCGAUGGAGGGAGCGGGCGCCCAUGAGGUACUCCAAGUACCGAUUCAGCACGGCCGUGGUCGACGGCGAGAUCUAUGUCCUGGGUGGAAUUGGCUGUGAUGGUCGAGAUAGAGGCCAAGUUCGAAAAUGCCUUGACGUGGUGGAGAUCUACAACCCAGAUGGUGACUUCUGGCGGGAGGGCCCACCCAUGCCCAGUCCCCUCCUCUCGCUUCGAACCAAUUCUACCAACGCAGGAGCAGUGGAUGGGAAGCUCUAUGUCUGCGGGGGAUUCCAUGGAGCAGAUCGCCAUGAGGUUAUCUCCAAGGAAAUCCUGGAGCUGGACCCCUGGGAAAACCAGUGGAACGUGGUGGCCGUCAACGUCCUCAUGCAUGACAGCUACGACGUCUGCCUGGUGGCCAGGAUGAACCCCCGGGACCUCAUCCCCCCGCCUUCAGACCUGGUGGAUGAGGGCAGUUAGC